GGAAUGACUACCUCUGCUUAGGCCGUUCAAGGUCGUUAAAGCGAAAGGGUGGGCAGAUUCGAACGGCUCUAACGUUUUAACCGUGCAUAUAUGUAUUUACGAGAUACCUGUUACGUGCAAGUUAAACCAGAAACAAUCAUUUCCAGUGUGUGAAGGCUUGAAUUUAUUCAACUUCAACAGGUACCCCUCACACUAUGUCAACGUCUAAUAUUUUGCUAGUUACAGGGAGGCCAGGUAUCGGUAAAACCACUUUGGUUUCUCAUGUUUUUGAAGAGCUUCUUAAAAAUGGUAUACAGGCAGUUGGUUUUAAGACAGAAGAAGUUCGACAGUUCUAUUCAGGAAAGUCUACUCGUUUUGGAUUUGAUGUAGUUCUAUUCGAUGCAUCUCGAACAUAUCCUAGAGCUUCAUUAGCUCGCCUAAUUAACCAUUCAAGUCAACAAGUACAACAUCAACCUCGUGUUGGUCAGUACCUAGUAAAUAUAUCAUCGUUUGAGAGUUUAGCUAUUCCUUGUUUACAGUCUAUUAUAAACGAUUUGGAAAACGUUUCUUCCAUUAACAAUGUAAGAAAAAAUGAUUUAGUAGUCUGUAUCAUUGACGAAAUUGGUAAAAUGGAGCUAUGCUCAUCAAAGUUCACUUAUCUAAUUGAAAAGUUGAUUUCAUCAAUUUCGAAUUUACCUACAAAUGGUCAACGUGAUAUAAAACAUCCUACAGUUGUUCUUUUGGCUACUGUACCAUCACCGAAAAGACAAGAUGGUACACGUGGUAUUCCGUUGGUCGAUCAUAUCUGUUCAAUGAAGGAGGCUUCGAUAAUAGAGAUUGAUCUAUCAAAUCGUGAUGAGAUUAUUCAAGAAAUAAUGAAAAGAAUAUUAAAAUGUAAAUCUUCAUAGAUUGGUAAUACUUUAUGUUUUGUGAUUGGUUCACAAGGAUUUCAUGAAAGAAGAAGCUUCGU